UGUGUGCCGGGAGGGGGGCUCAACUACACACGUUUAACCGGGGAAAAAAGGAAUUACGUUUGUUUUACGCGUUUUUUUCCGGUUAACUAGAAGAUACGGUGUUUUUAAUAUCCUGUAAUAGUUUUGCGGUUUUAUUUGCUUAUUUAUUAUAUUUUAGUUUAUGGUUUGUUGUUGUUGUUAGCACUCCGGGUGGCAGAAAUGGCGGCCAACAUGUACCGGGUCGGAGAUUAUGUCUUUUUUGAAAAUUCCUCAAGCAACCCUUAUCUGAUACGAAGAAUAGAGGAGCUGAAUAAGACGGCGAGUGGCAAUGUGGAGGCGAAGGUGGUAUGUUUCUACAGAAGAAGGGACAUCUCUCAGAGCCUUAUUCAGCUGGCAGAUAAGCAUGCAAAAGACUUGGAGGAAGAGAGGGAAAGCCCAACAGAGCCAGAGCUCAGUGAGAAACAGAAGCACCAACUCCGACACAGAGAGCUCUUUCUGUCACGCCAGUAUGAAUCUCUUCCAGCUACACACAUCAGGGGGAAGUGCAGUGUUGCCCUCCUGAAUGAAACAGAAUCAGUUCUCUCCUAUUUAGACAAAGAGGAUGCAUUUUUCUACUCUUUGGUUUAUGACCCAACACAGAAGACCUUGCUGGCAGACAAGGGGGAGAUCCGGGUGGGUCCUCGCUUUCAGGCUGAUGUCCCUGAAAUGCUUCAAGAAGGUGAAGCCGAUGACCGGGAUCAGUCUAAACUAGAGGUGAAGAUGUGGGACCCGGAAUGUCCACUGACCAACAAACAGAUCGACCAGUUUCUGGUGGUGGCUCGGGCGGUGGGGACCUUUGCUCGAGCUCUUGACUGCAGUAGCUCCGUCAGGCAGCCCAGCUUACACAUGAGCGCAGCAGCAGCAUCACGGGACAUCACACUGUUUCACGCCAUGGACACAUUGCACCGGCAUGGUUAUGACCUUUCGAGUGCGCUGAGUACUCUGGUGCCACAAGGUGGUCCAGUGCUCUGCAGAGACGAGAUGGAGGAGUGGAGUUCUUCAGAGGCCAACCUGUUCGAGGAGGCACUGGAAAAAUACGGCAAGGACUUUACCGACAUCCGGCAAGACUUUCUUCCAUGGAAGUCACUGACUAGCAUUAUUGAGUAUUACUACAUGUGGAAAACUACAGACAGAUAUGUGCAGCAGAAACGACUAAAGGCAGCUGAGGCAGAGAGCAAAUUAAAGCAAGUCUACAUCCCUACAUAUAAUAAGCCCAACCCAAACCAGAUCUCUGUCAGCAACGGCAAGAUGACCACCGUGAACGGAGCGACAGGACCUGGUGGCUACCACGCUGCUGGUGGUGGCCGUGCAUGUGAAAGUUGUUUCGCCAUGCAGUCUCCUCAGUGGUACUCCUGGGGUCCUCCAAACAUGCAGUGUCGCCUCUGUGUUUCCUGUUGGAUGUACUGGAAAAAGUAUGGUGGCCUGAAGAUGCCAAGCAGAGCCGAGGGAACUGAGGAAAAAGCACCUGCAAGCCCUGCUUCUAAUGAUAUGCGUUCACGUGGCCACGGCCAGCGCCAGUCCUCCCACAUGGUUCCCAUGAGAAACAGCGGAAGUCCCAAAUCCUCCAUGAAGACUAAGCAGGCCUUCCUGCUACAGGCCACGCGCCUCACCAAGCUGGCACGUCACAUGUGUCGCGACCUCAUCAAGCUGCGUCGGGCUGCGCGCCGCCCCUUUGUGCCCAUUAACUGUGGCGCCAUAAAGGCGGAGUACAUGAUUCGAGUGGCAGAGGGCAUGACAGGGCGAGCUACCAAGCCUAAACCAUCUCAGAGGAGUUCAUUAACCAGUGUCCUACAGUACCUCGAGUCACGUCCAGCACCCUAUGUCCAGCGUUCUCAUCGUACGCCUGGCCUGCAGGUCCAGCCUCCGCGCCGACUUCUCUCCUCCCUGCCAAGUCACGGACCGCUCGGCAUGUUGGGGAAGCGUAGUUACCACCAUAGCAGCAGGAUGGAAUCUGCCGAGAGAAGAGGGAAUGGACCAGGACAUGAAAACCAGAGUCAAAUUGUGGGUCCUACUUUGCAUAAUGGACGGAGUGCCAGCAGCCCCAGCUUACGUGCCAGCAACUUGAUUAUGCGAAAGAGGCGGCCCAACUGGAUUGAUGCACCAGAUGACAGCUUUUUUCUUGUUUCCAGAGAGACCAGGAAAGCCAGGAGGCUGCUCACUCGUUCGCAGUUAAGAAGAGCCUGUAGGCAGCCGUGUGAGCAGAUUCACCUGCGCAGGGUCCCUCAGGGGUCAGUGCAGGGACCCAUCCUUGCACCCCCUCAUCCUAGUCUACGGAUGCGAGGCCCCAUUGUAAUCCACGACUGACCUCAUACUAUGAUGUUCUAUCUGCCUGGCUAGUCUCUUUCUCUUACUCAUCCUAUAACUUUACAGCCCUGGGCAAACGCUUCCUGUUGCUCUUGUGCUCUGCGACGGUUUGCCAUUUAUGGGACUACCGAAACAACUCUAAAUUAUUCUGUAAAGCGUAAUGACAUCAGCUCUGCCCUCAAAAUGUGCACUCAAAGCAAACCUAGUGCUCUCUGAGAUUUGGUAGCUCUGAACACUACUGAUCAUUUUUGAUAAGGAUGUAUGGAAUGUGCCAACAGGAUCCCAAUAAGGGACGUGAUCAGAUAACAUUACAUUAUCAUGUACAAAUCUUUCCUAUUCUAAAAACUGUUCUGUAACUGUGUUUCAAUUAUCAAUGCCUCUUUUUUCUCUUUGUGAGUUUUUGAAUUAAACAGGUUUGGGAGUUAUUUAAAUAACAUGUGAAAGAUGUGAGCCUUUGUUGUGCUGGAAGUUACUGAAUGACAGUAUUAUGUAAAUAGCAUGGACCACAUGAGGUACUGGUUUUCAGUGUAAUACAGCAGUUGAGUUUAUUGUGAUUUUGUUUUGCAUUUCAGAUGAUGUAAUGUGUUUUUGAUUGUACCGACCAGUAAAGGUUUGUUUUGGUGACUACUCGCAUAUUCAUAAGCAUUGACUGGCCAUCUACAGUAUUGAUAUUCUGCUGAGUGUAAAUGAUGCCUUAAUUGUACUAUACAUCAUAAUGAAUCGUAAUAAAUCACAGUGAGUACAGGCCAUUAUUACAUGAGAACUGAUCAUUGAAUAAACA